CCGGCCCUAAUUAACCGAAAAGCGACGGCACAGAAAGAAAUUUCGAACUUGGUAAGAGAUUUUGCACAACAACGUACCACAUUACUUUGCUUCUCUAAAAUCAUUCUCAAAGGUUUAUUCUGUGCAGUUAUGUCUGAGCUAAGGAUCCACCUGGAGUUCUCUGGAGGUGCAGAGCUGCUGGUGGGGAAGACUAAACAUCACGACAUCGCUCUACCCCAUCAGCCACACCCCUGGUCGUUAAGACAACUAAUUGCCUGGAUACGUGACAACCUACUGAAAGAGCGUGCAGAGUUAUUUGUGACGGGAGAGAGUGUGAGACCGGGGAUACUGGUGCUGGUGAACAGCACAGACUGGGAACUACUGGGACAGCUGGACUACACCUUGCAGCCAAACGAUCACGUCAUUUUCAUCUCAACACUGCACGGAGGAUGACACCUUUAGAGUUUAGUAAAUCACUUUCAUUACAUCAUAAUUUAUAUUGCAAUGAUCAUGUUGUGUUUAUCUCAUUAUGUCAUCAUUACACGUUGAAUCAGCAGAUCAAUGGAUC